AUGCGCUGGUGGCCUUUCUUGGCCUUUUUCGCCUCCUGGCUUCCUUGUUCACAAUCUGCCGACAUCGAUGACAUCACUGUCGCUGAUCCUUUCGAGACCAGGUUUUCCUUUUCCAAGAUUUUUAGUGUUGGGAAAUACAGGGUGACUAGCAAAAUCUGAUCUUCAAAAUGCCUAUAAAUUAAAUAAUAAUCACCGAUUUUCUCUUGAGCUGUUCCUGUGACUAACGGCUCAAAAAUUUAAUUUUAUCCACUUUCCAUUUGUUUUUUUUGGCAAUACAUUUUUGUUGAACUUUUUUCCUCAGAUCUCGAAUAAUCAUGGUCGGCGGCAACAUCUACAUGUACGCCGGCGUCGGCCGCAACAUAACUUUCAAAACGACGGGCGGCGGAAAAAUCUUCGUCGACGACACGGACGUCUCUCAGCUUCCCGAUACGGUUGGUUGGAUAGGAAUUCAGGAAAGCGACUAG